UCUCAUAUUCACAUCUGACUAUAUAAACAUUUCUCGUAGCUCUCGUCUUCUUCAUCAAAAAAACUUUCAAAUCCCUAGAAAGAUGUCGACGGAGGAAGAAACCAAGGUGGUUGAGUCAGGAGACGCCGAAGCGACUGCGGCGGCGACGGAGAAGAAGCCUGCGGCGAGGAAGAAGAAGACUAAGGAAGCUAAGCCGCCGGCGAAGAAACCUGCUGCUGCUCCGAGGAAGAGAACCACUUCGUCUCAUCCUCCUUACGAAGAGAUGAUCAAAGAUGCGAUCGUGACGUUGAAGGAGAGAACCGGAUCUAGCCAAUACGCGAUUCAGAAGUUCAUCGAGGAGAAGCAGAAGUCGCUUCCUCCUACUUUUAGGAAGCUUCUCCUCGUCAAUCUCAGGAGACUCGUCGCUUCCGGGAAGCUCGUCAAAGUCAAAGCCUCUUUCAAGAUUCCGUCUGCUAAACCGGCGGCUACGACUAAACCGGUUAAGAAGAAACCAGCUGGUGCUGUUACUAAACCGAAGGGUAAAGCAGCUGCUCCUGCUAAGACCAAACCGGCUGCUAAAGGAGCCAAGAAACCUGCUGCUGCUGCUGCUAAGCCUAAGGCAAAAACCACAACAACUAAAGCUGCUGCCAAGCCCAAACCUAAGACGAAGAGUGUAGCUGCUGUUUCGAAGACUAAGGCGGUUGCUGCUAAGCCUAAGGCGAAGGAGAGACUUGCUAAAGCGUCAAGGACUUCGACUAGGACAUCUCCAGGGAAGAAGGCUGCUCCGGCUAAGAAAGCUGCUGCUGCGACUAAGAAGGCUCCGGCUAAGAGUGUGAAGGUUAAAUCUCCAGCGAAGAGGGCUUCGACGAGGAAGAAGUGAAGAAGAUGAUUGGUUUUAGCUUCUCUUAGGGUUUAAGUCUUUGUAUAAUUGAAUCGUCUAUGAAGGGGGCUUGCUUUUUUCUAAGUUUAUCUUUUUCUUGGUUUCUUCUCGAAACCCUUUUUUCUUGUAAUUUUUGGUUUGUUUGAAAAUUCAAUAGCUAUAUGUGAUGGUUUGCAAAGAUGUGCUUCUGCGUUGAAUCAAUGUGUUUUGAGUA